GGACAGAGAGUGGGGCGGGGCAGGUCAACACUUGUGCGGGCGUCCAGGACGCCCCGUACCCUUUUGCCCUGUACGGUCCGUAACAGCAUCAUGCGUCUCCCAUCCGUGUACAGUGGGCGUCAGGGGCUGUUGGGAGAUUCGGUGCCUCUCAGUCCCCAGGUUAGGCUCCCCGGUUCCUGCAGUGAAAUAGGACUCCUGCCAGGAGUGAUAACCAGUGCUCCUCCGGCGCUCGCCAUGUGCCCGGGACUGCUGUAGUACCUUACUCGUGUGUCUUCACAACCCCUUUAAUCCUGUCAACUGCGCUAGGAGGUGGAUCCUGUUAUUAACCUAAUAGUACCCAUGAAGUCAUUGUAACUUGCCCACGGCCACGCAGCUGGCAUGUGGCAGCCCUGGAAUCCCAGCCCCAGCCACCACCCUCCCACCCUGUACUGCUUCUCCCACCCGCCAGGUGACGUCAGGCAAGGGCUGUCCCCGCAGCAGCCGUGCCCGAAGGUGGUAUCUGACUGCCGGAAGCAGUGUGAGGAGGACUACUACCUGAAUGGUGACGGCCGCUGCACGGCCUGUGUGAGCUGUUCAGGAGACCUCGUGGAGAAGAAGCCGUGUUCAUGGAACUCCUCCCGCGUCUGCGAGUGCCAGGCUGGCAUGUUCUGUGCCACAUCAGCCACCAACUCCUGUGCCCGCUGCUCCCCCCACUCCGCCUGCCCAGCAGGGAUGAUUGUCAAGUUGCCGGGCACAGCGGAGAGGGACACCGUCUGUGAGCCAUCUUCCCCAGGGACCAGCCCUGACUGCAGCACCAGUCCCGAAGACUGCAGGGCACCUGCCAGGAGGAUCGACAGCCCCAUCUCUGGCUCCCCUCCCAGCGGCACCACCCCGCAGGCCAAGCCCCGCCUGACCUCCCCCGCAAGCUCCCAUGCCAGGACCAUGCUUCUUGGAGGGGGCACCUCGGAAGAGGAUUCCAAAGCGACGAGGGCUCCCAGCUUUUCCUUCUCUGCGGGGAAGCCCAGUCCAGACCCAGGGCCAACCCCACAGCAGCCGUGUCCUCAGGGGUCUCCCGACUGCCGGAAGCAGUGUGAGCGGGACUACUACCUGAAUGGCGACGGCCGCUGUAUGGCCUGUGUGAGCUGCUCGGGAGAUGACCUCGUGGAGAAGACACCUUGCACGUGGAACUCCUCCCGAGUCUGCGAGUGUCGACCUGGCAUGUUCUGUGCCACAUCAGCCACCAACUCCUGUGCCCGCUGCAUCGCCCACCCCAUCUGCCCACCAGGGAUGGUCACCAAACUCCAGGGUGCGGCUGAGUGGGACGCCACGGAUGAGCCACCUCCUGCGGGAUCCCACCCCAACUGCAGCACCAACCCAGAGGACAGAGAGGCGUCCGCCAGCUCCACCCCCUCCCUGGCAGACCCCCAGACCAGUCAGGGGCAUGGAGGGGGCAUCACCCACGCCCGGGGGGACGCCUCCAUCCUCACGAGUGCUCCCAUCUCUUUCUCCUCCACGGGAAAGCCCAUGCUGGUUUCAGGACCUGUGCUCUUCUGGGUCAUCCUGACGCUGGUGGUGGUCGUCAGCUCCGGCUCCUUCCUCCUGUGCCACCGGAAGGCCUGCAGGAGGUGGAUUCGGCAGAAGCUCCACCUGUGCUACCCAGCCAGGACCUUCCGGCCCAAGCUGGAGCCUGGGUUAGUGGAUUCCAAGCCCAGAAGGAACUCGCCAGAGCUGAAGAGGAGCGUGUUGGUGGCAGAGCCGGGCACAGAAGAGCUGGGGUUAAUGAGCUCGCCGGCUGUGGAGACCUGCCCCAGUGUGGGGGCGGCCUGCCUGGAGAGCCAGCGGCUGCUGCAAGCCAGCCCCCCCAGCAGGACCUCAUCACCCGUGGACCUUCCCGAGCCCCGGGUGACCACGGAGCAUACUAAUAACAGGAUCGAGAAAAUCUACAUCAUGAAGGCCGACACAGUGAUUGUGGGGAGUGUGAAGACCGAGGUGCCUGAGGGCCGGGGCCUGAUGGGGCCAGCGGGGCCCGAGUUCGAGGAGGAUCUGGAAGUGGACCAUGCUCCCCACUACCCGGAGCAGGAGACAGAACCACCCCUGGGCAGCUGCGGGGACGUCAUGUUCUCAGUGGAAGAGGAAGGGAAGGAGGACCCCUUGCCCACGACCGCCUCUGGGAAAUGAGGCCUGGCCUGCCUGCGCUGGGGCUGAGAGGGCAGCUGGGUGCCCCCUGGGAGGCCAGGGUGGCACUGGUGGCACCAAGCAGGUGACAGAGGCCCAUCUGGCCUGAACUUAGGUUCCAGCAUCCAGUGGUCAACCAGCCUGUCAAUGUAGGAGGGGUUCUGGUGGUCUCUACCUGUAUCCUCACCCAGCUGCCCCCCACCCCAACCCUAGGGAAGCCGGGCUUGUGCAGUACAGACGACCAAGGGGUGAUCUGAACGGCGACAUUUGUUGGAGCAAUGGAUGGAUGGCAGGGACUGGGCACCCCACCUUCUGUUCCUGCCCAGAUGAAGAUGCUCCCAGAGCCCUGGGCAUCCACACACCAGCAGGGCCGGAGCCCACCUGAGGCGGGGGCCAGGAGGCCACACCCCUCUCCCCUCACCUGGGCCUCAGGAAUGACGCCCAUUGCGCCUUACUGCCGUGCCAGCAGCCCCCGGUUACUGUAAAUGUGGACCCCCGUGGGCACUGAGCCAGCGCCUGUGGUUGUUUCUCCCGAGUCAAAAGGGAAGUUGAGGGAUGGGGCGUUGUUGGCUGGCCCCAUCUUGGCUGCAGCCGCUGCUCUGGGCUCUGUGCCAAGGCGAGCGCCCAGGCUGGCCUCCAGCUCCACUUGGGCUGAGGGGGACCUUUCUGGUGCAGCCAGCCCUUCCCUGUCCUGCAGCCCCCACAGUGGCCCAGGGCCUAGGAUCAACUCAGUCGUCUCAGCGUGUCCCCCCAGUCCUCACAGUAGGAGGCAUCUCAGGACCCAGGUGUCUGCAGACCCUCAGCAGCUGCAGUGCCCGCUGCGGCCGGAGACCCUGCUCCCAGCCGCUGCCUGGAGAGGGGCCUAUUCUGCUUUGCCCAGGGGCUUCCUCCCCGCAUGGAGAAGGGGAACCGUGGGCCCUUUCUGGUCCUUGCCUGCUCUGUGGGCACCACCAGCCCUGUCCUGGGAAAUGCAGAAGCAUCUCCCCCAGAUCUGCCACGCUCGCAGAUCCCCAUGGCACCAGACCCUGCCCUCUGGCUCCAGCUGCUCAGCACCCAUAGUUGGGAAGUGGAUGUCAAAAAGCAGCACGGUUUCACCCAGACAUACUGCCUUAUUCUGGACUGUCAAGAGAGAAGAAGCAUUUGGUAGUUUGCUCUGGAUUUCAGGUUUUUUGCAUUUCACUCUGAGUAGUUACCCCAAUGUCAUCUUCUGGCUUGCUCUCCUCAGGGCCUUCAGACUCUGCAAAAAAACAAGUGGCCUUGGAAAGGGACCGGGGCACUGAGUCGCAGGCAGCCCGGAGGCUCCUGGAAUUACCCAGUGGGAGCCGGGCCUGGGAAAGCCGCUGUUUACUCACCAGCCUGCUCGCUCUCUGGAGGAAGUGGGGCUGGGUCAGGACUCACAAGGGUAGUUUCUGAAACUGCUCAGAUGUUUUGGGGAAAGCUGGAGGCUGGGGCACCGUGAGAAGCGGUUACACCAGAACCUGAAGACAUUUACAUGGGAUGGACGAUAUUUGCCAAAAUGCCUUAUGCCAGGACGGUGUGGGCGUGCUCUGCGCCCCUGAGCACCCUGCAGGGUGUCUGAGGACGCCACACACCCACUGAGGAGCGGCCCAGGCAGACAUGACCUGAGGAUAUGGACCAUGUUUCAUGAAGUGAGGCACUCACUCGCUCAAGGGCCCUUCACAAACCUUUUGAUCCAUUAAAAAUUCCUAAGUUCCCUUAAAAGUGAAUCGUGAGGCUAUGGGAACUCACUGAGAUUUGAGAUUUGGGAACCUCUGAGCGGAAGGGUCCAAGCAGUCUCUCUCCCUCCAGGACAGGGGCUGCCUCUUCAAUCCUCUGCCCCAGACACCCAGGUGGCCAGCCUCUGGGGACAGGGAGCCCGCUGCCUGCUGGGGCAGCCCUUCCUCCUGCUGGAAGUUCUUCCUGAACAGUGGAGGCAGAUCCUUCCUCCAUGUAACUCCCACUUUCUGGUCCAAGGCCUGCCCUUUGAGCAUACUCAGAAUAAACAUGCUUUUGUC